AUGAUUGCAACAUCCCACCAGUGCUGCCUUCUUCUCCUGCUAAUUCUCCCCUUGAUCGUGACCGCAAGAUCCGUACCUGAAGUGGGGACCAGCACGGACAUUGAGGGACGCGUCAAGAAGUACAGUUACUACUACAUCAGCCGGAAGUUGUACUACAUCCCCCUUUUCUUCGUCGUCUACUGGGCUUUCUACGUCUUCUGGCUCAUUGUGCAGUCCAUUGCAAGGCACAAAGUGGAAAUUCCGCUGCACUGGGACCCAGCGAAACGUGCAAAACGCAACAUUGAAGCUCUGAGAGUGUCUGUGAUGGAUCAAAUUGAGAGAUUCCACCAAAAGUUCCUUGUCAAUAGCGGGAAGCAUUAG